GGGCCGCAUUGAAAGGCAGCGGCAAAUCAACCAACUUUGAUAGAUCAGGUUCAUUGUUAGUUAGCUCUCUGUGAGAGGCGUCAGGCCCAAGAUGAAAGAAGACAUAAAGGAACACUUCUUUGAGGGUGUGGAAAAACUGCUGGAAGUUUGGGUGGGUUCAUCUUCUGACCAUUUCAACAAGAACUGUGAUCUGAGAGCAAUCCCCAGGGAGGCACUGGACCAGCUUAUGGAAGAUGCCAAGUGCGAGAUCAUCAGCACCAGGUCGAGCAGCCUGGUUGAUGCCUAUGUUCUCAGCGAGAGCAGCAUGUUCAUCUCGCGCUGCCGUUUCAUCCUGAAGACGUGCGGCACCACCACGCCUCUCAAGUGCAUCCACCGCCUACUCGGCUUCGUCAAGCAAUACACCAGCUUCACCCAGGUGGAGGACAUUUUCUACUCGCGGAAGAACUUCCGCCAUCCGCACCUGCAGGACGAGACUCAUCGCAGCUUCAGCGCCGAGGUGGCCGCCCUCGAGGACAUGUUCCCCACCGGCUCCGCCUACUGCCUGGGCAAGAUGAACGGCGACUGCUGGUACCUGUUUACGCUGGACCGGCCGUACGCGCUGCAGGCGGGCGGCCGCAUGGCACCGCUGCCGGCGCCGCCGCCGCACGCGCCCACGCGCCGCCAGCCGGACCAGACGCUGGAAGUGGUCAUGACCGACCUGGGCGAGGACGUGAUGGGGCUGUUCUAUCAGAGCACGUGCGCCACCGCCGCGGAGGCCACCAAGCGCUCGGGGAUCGACCUGCUGCUGCCGGGCGUCAACAUCGACGACGUGCUGUUCGAGCCGUGCGGCUACUCCAUGAACGGCCUGCUGGACAAUGACGUGUACGAUCUUGGGUGCUACGUGACCAUCCACAUCACGCCGGAGCCUGGAUUCAGCUACGUGUCGUUCGAGACCAACAUCCCGCAGUCGUGCUACAAGGACGUCAUCAACCGCGUCAUCGACUGCUUCAAGCCCGGGAAGGUGCUGGUGACCGUCUUUGCCAACAAGACGUCCAAGGCGAACGCCUUCACUCGCCAGCUGUGCCUGCCGUCGAUCCGGCCCAAGUACGCGCAGCGCGACCUGCAGUACUGCAGCGUGCGCGGCUACGACCUCGUCUACGGCCUGUUCGACUGCUGGCCGUCCUAGUGGGCGGCGCGGCCGCGGCGCCGGCGGCCGGGCGUCGGCGGGCCGCGGCCCGGACCGGGCGGGCGCGGGAGGCGGGGUGCGCGCGGCCGCAGCCGGGGCUGGUCCCGGCGGCGCGGCCGCCGCAUCGACACGGGCGUGGACAACAUCUCCUGAGGCGGCGCGCUGGCAGUAGGAGGCGUUUGUUUUGAUGGCUGCGCCGGGCGCGGUGCUCGCAGUGCGGCGCUGGCGCGGAGGUGCCGUGCCGUAGCGUGGCGGCCGGGCUGUGGACACGCCCCGCGCUGCGAGCACUCGCCCACGGUAGCCUAGUUCGGCGGCAGGCGCAGGCGCCUCAGGUGGCCGCCAGCCCCUGGGGUGUCCGCGACUGCCGUGACCUGUGAUAGACGCGGCGUAUGAGCUGUCCUCUCCUACAGGGACGCAAUGCGAUAGUGGGCGGGCGGCAGGCGCCCUCACGGGACCGGGCCGGGCUGUGACGGCGCGCAGGUGGCGCUGCCCCCGCCGUCACUGCGCUCUGGCCGCGCCCGUGAGAGCGCCGGCCGGCCCCGCCGUGUUGCUCGUUUGUUGGCUGUGUAGUGGACGCCACGCUCUCUUGCCAGUCGCACUCCUGAUCUCAGUGUUCCGGUACAAACGCUCCCGCCGCGUGCGCCGGCCCGGCCCGGCCCGGCCCGGCUCGCGCAAUUACCGCCGUCCCCCGCCUCGCCCCGCCCUGGCCCUCUCCCUGCCCCAUCCAUGACGACGGCAGCAGAACUCGGACCUCCCAAUGGACACGUGCCGGGGUUUACUAACAGGGCUGUAGAUAGUUGUUUACUUCUGGGGCUCCUACGCGGUGGUCAGGCGAAUAAUGCUAGCAGAUAGUGGCAAACGAUGCUAGCAGAAACAGGAGAAGAUUCUUGUUGUAACAGGCCUCUUUGAGAAGGUGGUUCGCAGAUAGUUCAGGGCGCCCACUUUAAGGUCACUCGGAGGUAGGAUCUAUAAGGCUACCCCUCUCGCGAUAUCAGACGUGAGGGGUAAGCAGUACGAGCUGAGGGGCGCCAGUUGCUGCGGCGUGUCAGCACCUAGGCGGUGUUGACGUGCCUACACGCUUGGGUUUUCAGAAAGUGGCGGCACCGCUGCAGCCAGCCGGACGGGUAGUCCUCUGGGAAUUUGCGAUUAUGUUGAACAUUUUACUCGUCGGACGUUACGGCCAAUGUUAUGGGCCAUUCGCCACUGCUUCUGGCCUUGGUGUACGUGUUAUGUUCUUUGUAUUCCUCAUAGGAAUUGCAUGUCCUAAGCAGAUGUCCGAUGGCUUUCGUUUCUAGCGACAUCUGCUAGCGGAACGCUGCUGCGUUGUGACCCGUUGUACGACUUGCGUCUUCGGCGGUGUCCCGAUGUGCAUCUCGCGCGGUAGCGUUAAUACUCACCUGGUGCAGGAUAUAGCUAUCCCCAUGCUUCAUCAGACGAUGCUAAGCAGUUUCCGUGGUGCUCGAGAAUGACAUUGGAUUGUGAAUACACGACCGAUGCCCGC